AGGUUCGUUGCCGCUCCAGUCCAGCAGAGAGCGGUAAUGAACGUCAAAUCUGUUUGCCGAUUGCCAAAAAAUACCAGUGAAGAAGAAGUACCUACGUGCUACUUCCGGUCCAAAACCACCAUUACAUUAACAGUCGGCCGUCCGCAAGCAUGAUAUUCCACCGUGAAGUUUAAUUAAAUGUUGUUUCGAUUACUGUCGCGAUCAUCACGUUAUUCUGUUAAACUGACAGUGGGGUUAUAUUUAUUUGUUAAUUUGUUCCUGCCUUGUGCAAUAAGAAUACUCUGCUGGCGUCGUUAGCCUGGUAGCUAGCCUCCUGCAAGAGAAUAACAAGAGUGCAAUGGUACAGUUGAUAGUUCAGUUUCGCACACGUUGCAUUUAGGAUCGUUCAUGGCAACUCGGCACCCCUUCACUGACACGGAUACUUCAGAUGAAGCGGUGAGGGCGACGUGUGAUGAUGCCACGACGUGCAAAAGGUUUGCCAUUAGUAAAGGCUACUGGAAAGACCCUUACAUCCAGUAUUUUGUAAGAUCUGUUGGUGAGCGGAAGGCGCCUGAAAUCAAUCGAGGUUACUAUGGCCGUGUUAAAGGUGUCAACCAUCUCCUUGAUGCAUUCAUAAAGAAAACACAACGUGACUGUCAAGUAAUCAAUCUUGGUGCUGGAUUGGACACCACCUUCUGGAGACUUAAGGAUGAAGACCUCUUGCCCAAGAAGUAUUUUGAAGUUGACUUUCCUACUGUUGUGGCCAGGAAAAUACACUAUAUAAAGACCAAACCACACUUAUCCAAGCCUAUCAUCGAAACCCAUUCAACAGAUUCCUUGCUACUAGAUUCCCACAGCCUUGACUCUGAUCGAUAUUGCAUCAUCGGCUCAGACCUCCGAGACAUAGCUACUUUGGAUGAACAACUGAAAAAGUACCAUCUUAACCCAGAGUUGCCUGCUUUGCUGCUUUCAGAGUGUGUGUUGGUCUACAUGACACCAGCACAAUCCUCCAAUUUGGUUCAUUGGGCUGCAAACACCUUUCACACAGCCAUGUUCAUCAACUACGAACAGGUGAACAUGAGCGACCGUUUUGGCCAAGUGAUGAUUGAGAACCUUCAGCGGCGUCAGUGCACACUGGCCGGAGUCGAAGUCUGCCAAUCUUUGGACUCUCAGAAGGAUCGGUUUCUCAGGACUGGCUGGGAUCAUGCGGAUGCUCUGGACAUGGUGACGGUCUACAGUAUGCUUCCUCAAAAAGAUGUGGAAAGAAUUGAACGACUGGAGUUCCUGGACGAAAAGGAGCUGUUGCAGCAACUCCUGCAGCACUACAGCAUCUGCUGGGCCAGCAAGGACAAGCUCAGUCUGGGUUUGUCACAGUUGGCGUUUUGACUGAAAAAUUCCUCCACUUCGUCGCUGGAUGAGCGGUUUUAUCUAUUUAGUCUAUCGCCGCGUGCAUCAUGGUUGUGUUCCGGCGGCUUUUGAUCGAGCGACAAGGAGAGUUAUGAAUGCUUUGUGAAGAUGGCCUGGUGUUUUGUUUGCGGCGUCGACAAACUU